AGACGAUCAGAGGUGGAACGUAUGUACAACAUAACUCGGCGGUUGAUAUAUUCAAAAUCUCGCUCGCUUGACCCUGGUACCAUGUUAGCAAGCCACACCAGUGCACCACCAUUUCACGCAUCACGAGUUCACGACUCUUCUCGAUCCUCCGAUCCGCAUCUAUAAACACCAUCGCAGACGGAGACAUAGCAGGGCGUCUCCCCGAUUCCACGAGAAGAUGGGCACUACGACGAACUCUUCUUGCUUGCUCCUUGCUUUGGUGCUGCUCUCUUCCUUCUUCCACUGCUACUACGCCGCCAACCAUGGCCGGAGGCACGCACGCCCACCACGGAUAGCUGCCGUCGUCGUCGGCUCUGUCGUGCACUCCGGAUCAGAGGCCACAAACGCCAUCCCUGCAGGCACCCUGGUAGCAGUCCGCUGCCACGACGGGAACGGCCGCACGGUCUUCCGGAAGGAAGCCGUCACCGGCCGCCUCGGCAGGUUCCACGUCCACCUAGCGCAGGAGGCGAGCGGCCGGCUCCGGUUCGUCACGUCCUGCUCGGUCCACCUCCAGCACCAGUCGAACAACGCGCAGCCGUGCGCCGAAACAGCGACCUCCAGCGGGCUCCGUCCCGUCGCCUCCAAGAGCGGCAGCGCUCGCGUCUUCUCCGCCGGCGUGUUCCCCGUCCGUGCACCGGACCUCUGCGGCCGAAAAGGCAUCUUCUUCCCUCCGGUCCCCUUGGUGCCGGAGCCGCCGAACAUCGGCGGCGUGCCGAUCCCACCGAACCCGAUCACGCCAGCGCCGCCGUCUCUAGUGCCACCGAUCUUCCCCACACCGUCUCCGCCGUCCAUCCUGCCACCGCUUGUCCCACAGCCACCGCCGUCCUCGAUAAUACCACCGCUGUUGCCGCCGUUAGUUUCCGCGCCGCCGCCGCCACCCCCGCCCCAGCUUCUUCCUCCCCUGUUCCCUGGCGUACCGCCGUCCUCCGCUUCCAAGAAUCGAUGGGCGGGGAGUCCUUGAGAAAAACCUCGAGUCUCAAAGGUGUUGUCGUGCACGUAUACACUAUAUAUAUUAAUCUUGGUUAAUGUCAUGUUCUGUGUACUGUCCGUUAAAUUGAAAUAGGAUAUAACAAUAUGUCCAUUCAAAUUUACUGCUCAAA